GGGGCGGAGAGGGAGCCGGAGCGGGAGCGAGCGCCGGCGCGCGGACACCGAGGCGCGGGAGCCUGCGCGCCCGCCCGGAGCCCCAGCCCGCGGCCGCGCCGGGUCCUCGCGGUGCAUCCUGCUUGCGGGGCUCCGAGGAUGGAGGCGUCCCGGGAGACGUCGCCGUCCUCCAACAACUCCUCGGAAGAGCUCAGCUCCGCGCUGCAGCUGUCCAAGGGCAUGUCCAUCUUCCUGGACAUACUGAGGAGAGCCGACAAAAAUGAUGAUGGAAAAUUAUCCUUUGAAGAAUUCAAAGCAUAUUUUGCAGAUGGUGUUCUCAGUGGUGAAGAAUUACAUGAGCUCUUCCAUACUAUUGACACACAUAAUACUAACAAUCUUGACACAGAAGAACUAUGUGAAUAUUUCUCCCAGCACUUGGGCGAGUAUGAGAAUGUCCUGGCAGCCCUUGAAGACCUGAACCUCUCCCUCCUCAAGGCCAUGGGCAAAACAAAGAAAGACUACCAAGAAGCUUCCAAUUUGGAACAGUUUGUCACUCGAUUUUUAUUAAAGGAAACUUUGAAUCAGCUGCAGUCUCUCCAGAAUUCCCUGGAAUGCGCCAUGGAAACUACUGAGGAGCAAACUCGUCAAGAAAGGCAGGGCCCGGCCAAGCCAGAAGUCCUGUCCAUCCAGUGGCCUGGAAGACGUUCAAGCCGCCGAGUGCAGAGACACAACAGCUUCUCCCCCAACAGCCCGCAGUUCAGCAUCAAUGCGCCUGGGUUGCUAGAAGAAGACAACCAGUGGAUGACCCAGAUAAACAGACUCCAGAAAUUAAUUGAUAGACUGGAGAAGAAGGAUCUCAAACUUGAACCCCUGGAAGAAGAAGUUAUUGAAGGAAAUACUAAAUCUCACAUCAUGCUGGUGCAGCGUCAGAUGUCUGUGAUAGAGGAGGACCUGGAAGAAUUCCAGCUGGCCCUGAAGCACUACGUGGAGAGUGCUUCCGCCCAAAGUGGGUGCUUGCGUAUUUCAAUACAGAAGCUUUCAAAUGAACCUCGCUACAUAAUUUAUGAAUUCUGGGAGAACAGCAGUGUGUGGAAUAGCCACCUUCAGAUGAACUAUAGCAAGACUUUCCAGAGAAGUAAUGUGGAUUUCUUGGAAACUCCAGAGCUCACAUCUACUAUGCUAGUUCCUGCCUCAUGGUGGAUUCUGAACAACUAGAUAUUCCUAGAUAAUUUCUUCAUGACUUCAAGUGCAAAACAAGUGUUCUUAUCUCAAGUGUCAAACUAGAAAAUUUCUGUGGUUGUCAUCUUGUGGUUAUCUAUUGUAUACUUUUGUUUAAUAUAUUUAUUCUAAAUGCACUCUUUUAAAGUAUAUUGUACAACUUUAUCAUGCGUGUGAAUUUUAGCUUAGUUUUCAAAGGUUCAGUAUUUGAUGCACAGUGCUUUGCUACAUUGUUACCAACCUAAAACAUUUAGUAACAAAACCCUGUGGUAAAACUGUAUACAUAGUAAUAAAAUAGUGAAAAGAAAUUAUGCAGAAAAAAUACUUACAUGAAAAUUCUUAGAGCAUUACUUCAUAGGACAGAUUUUGUAGAUAAGCACUUGGUGUUUUAUGAUAUUAGUAACAUCUUUUGUGAAUGAAGCUCAUACUUCAGUAACACAUACACUGAAUACACAAUCCUGUGACUAUUCUUUUUGCAUAAAACAACCUUGUUUGUAACCUGUCUCUAUCCAUUUGGCUUUUCAUAAAAGAACAAGCCUAUGAUAAGUUAGGGUAUGACACAGUAAUUAAAACUAUUAUAAUCAUUUAUUUUUGCCAUAAUUACCUUGAAAUUAAAUGUUAAGCAAAUAAGAGACUUUUACGUUAGUGAAAUUUAGCUCAAAUUUUAUGGCACGUAAGAUCCAGGUAACUAACACUCCCUAUGAGGACUAGACUUCUGCAUUUGAGUAAUGAUUUCAAAGUAUAAGAUUUUAAAAGUAAGUUUUAACCUGAAUAAAUAUAAAACAAGCACAAUCUCAGAGCAGAAAACGCUUCCAGUAUUCACACUAAAGUGACUAAAACUAUGUUCCUUAUAUAUUUCAUAUACUUAUAUAUAAAGGGACAUAAAUGAAAUGUUUUUAAUAAAAUGAAUUUUUACUACUUAUAACCCCUGCUAACAACACAGACAGAAAUUUGUUGCCAUAUAGUCCAAAUCCUCUGAAACAAUCCAUUUUCAGUGAAAAACACUGUGAGGUAAAAUUUUUGUAUUUUUUCACUGUUAGAAAACUCAGAGGAAAUAGAAAAUGAAUUAAAAUUUUAUUUCCUAAAUGUAAAAUUUGACAUGUCUUCUCACACUAACUUAUGGAACAUUAACUUUUAUUAUUACCGUUGGAUACUUUCAUUUCACAUUUAGACUAAAAAAAAUUAAAUGUUUUCAUACUUUCUUUUAGACAUAAGUAGUAAAUUCUGACACAGACUCUGUAUGCUGUGUGUGUGUGUGUUUCUGGUCACUUCUAAAGAUGACAAGCAUUCUGAAGCAACACCUGGCUCAAUACUUUUAAUAUAUACACAAAACAGGGAACAUUAAUGUACACUGAUUAUUCAUACAAGCUAUACAUAUGUACAAAGGCAAGCAGAUAAGAGUCUUCGCAGUCUCCCUCUGACUCCACAUAGUAAGAAAGGAUCAGACUUCGAAACCUACAGUACUUCCAAUAUAAAAGGUCUUCUUGGAAACAGUUAUAAAUGGUUUCAAAAGUACAACUUCUAUCAGUCUUCUACUUCUUUGGUUGGUCUAUUUCAGUAUUCAAUUCUAAAAAGCAUAUUAGGUAUUUGGACAAGGCAGUUUACAAAGGAACUUGAUAGCGUGACUAAAAACAGGAUUCUGCCCAGUAACAGUAGUAACUGGAAAAGCUCUUCAGACUGGAAUAAGUUCAAUCAUAUCUUUUAAACUAGUACCAAGUGAACUUAAGAAUAGGCAAAUAAUGAAGCAAAUCAAUUUAAUUUAUGGUAAUUCUAACCCCAGUUCUCAUACACAUAUUUUGUGUAUGUUUAUGACAGUAUGUGCUUAUGAAUGUGUGUUUAUACACACACACACACACACACACACACACACACACACACACACACAUUGGAACCUAUAGUGAAAAAGAAAAAUAUUAGGGCAGAUAAUUGAAAAACUGAGCCUUAGUAUAAACAUCCCAUUUUAAAGUAAUCAAAA